CAGAUAUUAGAUCAAGUAGUUUUCAACGACCUCGAUCGGAUAUGAAUAUAGCCAGUGGUAUACCAAAAUUUUUCCCAUUGGAAAUGAUUCACCAAGAAGGAAAUCCUUAUGUACGAGACGACACAAUGUUCAUCAAAGUGAUGCUUGAUUUUGGUGACAUGCCUAAAACGCUUUUGCCUUACGCUUUGAGUCUCAAUCCAGGUCUACCAACUCAUGUUCAACAAGCAAUGAUCAAGCAAGAAGCCGAACGAAGAUCUCAACAGCAGUCUGGGGAGCAGCCGCAGAUAACUCCAAAAUAA